AUGUGUCCAACUUCAACACCGCCGUUGUCCGGAGAAUCUAAUGCAGCCUGCAGUGAUAAACGCCCCAUACUUACACAAGAGCAACGUCGUCUGCAUCACAUCAGGUCUGAGCAAAGACGUCGGUUUCUAUUGCGGGAGGAACUUUACAAGCUUUAUGGUCUCAUCCCAAAUAGUAGCGGCAGCUCCAUUGAUGCCAUACUAUCUCAAGCUAAACAUGGUGGGCCGCUUAACCUCUCCGAAGCCACCAUUAUCAAGAAGGGUUUGUGCUGA